AUGCUUGUGUCUGCAGAAGACACAGACGAAGCAGAAGUAGAAGCCGAAGCAGGAGCAGGAGAUCCCGCAGGCAUGGUUCAAGAUCACGGUCUAGGUCCCCGUCAAGGUCACUAUCACGCUCUCCUAAACGCUCUCGCAGACGCUCUUCCUCGUAUUCGAGGUCUCCCAGGCGAAGAAGCAGGACAAGGCACUGAACUAAGAAGGAAAGAGAUAAAAGAGGGUAACACUAUUAUUGUUGAAGCCAAAAGACUAUAUGUUGCCUCUUUUCCUUUAUUUUAUAUACUAUUUGUUAUGUAUGUUUUUUUCUGA